AUGGAGAAGGCAAGAAUCCAAGCAGAAAAUGAUGAGCUUAAGGACCAACUCAUGAAGCUCAGUGAACAAAUGGAAGAACAGAGCAAGAAAGCAAAGACACAAAUGGAAGUGAAAGAUGUAGAAAUAGUGUUACUUAAAGAGAGAAUUGCAAUGUUGGUUGAAUCAAAUCUCUACCUGGACAGUCAAGAAGAACAAAUCAUAGUUAAAGUUGAAGCCACCACUCCCAAGACAUCGCCUCUGGUAAGCUCAAUGAUAAAAAAUGUGAAAAAUAGAGAAACAAGAAAAGAGCACAAAGAUCCAGAUUUUUGGUACAUAACGAAAAGACAACCAAAGCAAAACAAGACAAUUGAUGAAGUAGAACCAAUGGUUAAAGAAAGUGCAAAGACCAGAAAAGAAGAGCAGACACAACAUCAACAGCCAACAAAACAAAUUGACACUUCCUAUCCAGUGUUUCACAAAUUGCCAAAGAAAUUAAGGAUGAAACUCACUAGUCUUUGGGAAACAAAAACUAGCAGUUAUCCAAUCGUACAAAGAAAUGAAGUAGGCAACUAUUUGUACUUGGAUGAUAUUGACAAAAUAGUCAAAUACAAAGAACUUUCUGGAAAUGCAAUAAAUGCAUACAAGGAAAUCUUAAUGGCAGAAGAGCAAUCGAAACCAAAAUUCAAUGUUACGAGUUCUCGUAAGAGAUUAUCUAGGCCAGAAACAAGAUCUUAUACUGCAAAAAGACAAAAGCGAGAAAAGGAAGACAACAAUGAGACAGAAAAGCAACAAGAUAACAAAGAGGAAACUACAAGAACAGAAACAACAAGCAAACAACAAGAAAGGGAAAAAAGACAGAAACAUGAACCUGCAAAUGAAGCUCAAAAACAAGCACAAGCAAAAGAAAGAAUAAGGAAACAGCAACAAUGCAUUAAAGAUGUUGUGAGCUCUCUCAUGACAUUAUUUAUGCCAGAAAGAAGAUCUUUAACUGUAAAAAUCCAAAAGCAAGAAGAGAAACAAAACAAAGAGACAAAAAAGCAACAAGGCAACAAACAGGAAACCGCAAGAACAGAAACAACAAGCAAACAACAAGAAAGGGAGAAAAGACAGAAACAUGAACCUACAAAUGAAGCUCAAAAACAAGCACAAGCAAAAGAAAGAAUAAGGAAACAGCAACAAUGCAUUAAAGUUGACAUUUUGUCAAAGAAGAAUGUGGAAAAAGCAGAUUCAAUAAAAUAUGAUGAUGUGGUUGCAAAAAUCUAG